AUGAAACUACUAUCGACCAUCCUUUUCAUUACCUCACUUUCUUUUCAGUACAUUCAUGCCGAUAUGGCGCCCAGUUAUCCUGAACCAGGUACGGUAUGGAAAGCCGGUCAUCAAUACGAAAUUGUUUGGGAGAAUGACCAUCAUGGUUCUAUGAAUGCAUGGAAAAAAUUUAGAAUCGAUUUUAUGACAGGUGACAAUGAUCACCAAAGGUUCUUGAUGAAUGUGGCUCGUAAUUUAGAUGCUACCAAGACCACUUCGUUUAACUGGACUGCUCCUAAAGUAUCGCCCGCUGCUCCUAUCUAUUUCUUCAUGUUUACUAAUGAUAAGGGUGAAAAUGCAUGGACCACGCGUUUUGGCAUAACUGGAGAGGAUGGAAAACUAGCCAAAGCACAAUAUCCUACUCAGCCUGAUGGUUCAAAGAUUCCUUGGGGUGUUGGCAAGAUUGUGAGGACUGAUGCUGCAGCCUCAGGGCCCUCACCAACUUACUACAUGACACCUGCUCAGUCCUCUGUUUUAGCUGAUAAUGCUGCUGUUGUCAUUGCUGUUUCCAAAGCUACAAAACUCUACUCGAUGCCUGUGGGAUAUAUACUCAUGCUGUUUGUUAUCAUACUGUCAAGCAGCGGUUUAUUCACAAACUAA